ACAUCCGCCGGAGUCUCACUUGGACCGCCUCUCUCCUCCCGUCAAAAUUCGGGUGUUGUCGUUUCGAAUCGCCCUGUCAGAGGAGGAAAAGGAACGGAGACGGGAACUCGCAUAGGCUUGCGUUACAAAAAAAAUAGGGGGGAAGUCCAAAGUUGUUGGAUUUGAACGCAAACGUCAGCAGAAAGUGGAAGCGGCGCGACUCUACAGCUUUCAAGUGGGCAGUGUGUGUUUCAUGUUUUACAGUUGGCAGACUACUGUGUGUUGUAAACAGGUCUAGUGUACACUUCAGUAGUUGUGACAUUGUGCUACAGAGCCGAGGGAAAGGUCUCCUCCCAUCGUGUGUUGACGGAUACAGCUCGACCCAUUGCAAGGAGACACGGAAAGACUUGCGCACGCAAAGCACCUCGGACAGGUAAAAGACACUCAACGCUUCGACAUUCUUCGCCUUCUUCCAGUAAUUGAUUGAGUGUUGAUAGGCCAGGAUGUCUUCAAAGGCUCAUAGUUCUAAUAACAUCGCCCAUGCCAGGCGGACUGUACAGCAGCUGAGGAUAGAAGCUAACCUCGAGAGGAUAAAGGUAUCGAAGGCCUGCGCGGACCUUAUGACUUACUGCAAUGAUCACUCCAAAACCGAUCCUCUCCUCAUGGGCAUCCCCGCCUCAGACAAUCCCUUUAAGGACAAAAAACCCUGCACUAUAUUGUAGGGGGAUACCACUCUGCCUUUACGGGAGUCAUUUCUGGCUUAUUAAUGUUGCUGUGUUCUGUAUGUUGGGAGGAGUGAGGGGUGGAUCGUGAUCGUAUUAUUACCACGGGCUCGUCUUUUUUGUGUUAACAAAUUACUGGCGCAACCAUGUUUGUUUUUUUUUUUUCUUUUUCCCGACACUCAAGUCUUUAAUCGCCAUGCCGCCCGCUCUUCAGUCUGCUACUAUAACCACGAGCAAGCCUUUGGCUGCAUAACCUAACAAGCACCUGCUGGUGGUCCUCAGCUUAGUGAUGUCUCCUAAUGGGAAGCGACUGUUAUCAUCUCUCUGCAGGUUCAUGCAGCCCUUUUCUGAGCAAUUGUCCUUUCGCAAUUUUGACCCGUAACUUUCAAUGUCCAGUUCGAAUGGCUAAAGAUUCAGGGUUUAAUCAUUUGAGUUUGUUAUUGUGGCGACCGUGACAAUCCACAUUCCAUGGGUUAGGGUUAUUAUUAAUAUUGAGGUGAUGAUCAGUUUGAAAUGUCAGCUUCAGACAAGUUUCCUUUUUUAAGUGUAUUUUGUAGUUCAACUAAUUUUGCAAUAGCGAUUAAACCCCUGGUUUAUCAUGUGUUUUCAAAUCUACCCGCAUUACUAUAGAAAAACCUUGUAAAAAAUUAAAGAUAUUUUACUUUAAAAAAUUCCUUAGUGCCCUUUCUCCCGCUUUUGCUCACACAAUUCUGCAAAAAAGAAGCACAGCGUGCUUGCUUCAAGCUGUCACUCCCAGUUGAAGUUAAGUGAAAAAGCAGAACUUGUCUAGUUAAGCAUCACCAUACAAGAACAGAGAAGGGCAAUACAUUAGUCUUGUUUUGUGCUUGUGCUUGCGGGUUAUGUGGAGAGCAAAAGUUAUUUCAGUUUUUGUUUUAUACAGUUUAAUAUUGCUUAUUAAAAAAAAUUAUUGUGGAGAAAAAACAAGGGUGGUCAUGGAACAAAUUGAACUCAAAUGUCAUUUUUCCUUAAUUAUAAUUAAAGAGGAAGUCAACCCCCCAAUUUAACAUGUUUGUUCUGUGCAGCCCAACUAGUAGAAACACCUUGUUUUGAUUAAUGUUUUGUUGGAAUAUGAAUUAAACAGGCAAAAUGUACCUGUUUUUAUCCAUCCGGCCAUUUUGCCACUCUGUGUCGACUGAAAAUGACCUCAUCGUUGUCAACCGAUGUCAUUCUCAGUCGCUAGCAAGUGGCAAAAUGGCCGCCCCCUGAGAUGGAAAAGAAUGGUUGCCCAAUUUUCCUGCUUAACUUAUAUUUUGAUGUUGACGUUCUCUUUGAAUUAACUUCAAAAAUUAAUCAUGUAUUAUUAAAAUAAAAUAUUUUACAUGUUUUUCAUACACAUUUUUACUUUUAUUUUUUUCAAUUUUUUUUAGACCUAGUAAUCUAAAUGACCCUUGAGCACAAACUCUCCAAAUCAUAGAUUUUAAUAGUCCAAAAUGUUAGGGUGCCAAAAAUAAAAAAAAGUCUCCUGACCUGUUCUAAUGGUAGAAACAUGCACAUCAAUCCAAAUUCUGGGGGUCCAUUGACGUAAAAAAGAUGGACUAAAUUUAUAGCCUUACUUAGGCUUGCCUUGUAUUCUGAAGAACACUUACUGGGAAAACUGUGUACUUGUAGGAUGAAAGUCAUUUUUGAUAAUACUCUCACCGUACUGUGCCAUCUUUGUUUCUGCGCGUGGUGCAAAUAUCCUGUUGCACUUGCCUGGUGCUUCUCUUAUUCACAGCUAUUGUUAUGUAACUGUUUUUUUUUUGGCUGUGUCAGUUAAUUCUUCUCCCAUAAGCCUCUUAAGAAAUGUGUAGCUUGCCACUGCCAUGUCAUCUUUUCUGUCCAUUAAGCAACUUUACUGUACAACUGUCAAAAUCUGCAUUUUGAGGAAAGUCUUUAUUAUGAAUAUAGUGGCCUUUGUAUGAAGAUGGACAAAGUGAAGCUUUCCAAUAUCUCAAUAAAGAUGUUUUGUGUCAAGAGAA